UAUUACAUUUAUUGAGUAGGAAAAAGACUUCAAAAUGUCGACACUCGUUGAGAAGAUAAAAGCAGUAGAAGAUGAAAUGGCCAGGACGCAAAAGAACAAGGCAACAUCAGCUCAUUUGGGAAUGUUGAAAGCCAAAUUAGCGAAGUUCAAGAGGGAGUUGAUAACGCCUAAAAGUGGGGGUGGUGGUGCAGGUGAAGGAUUCGACGUCGCUAAAACAGGAGAUGCUAGAAUCGGAUUCGUUGGUUUUCCAUCUGUAGGAAAAUCUACACUGCUAUCAAAUUUAGCUGGAGUCUAUUCAGAGGUAGCAGCAUACGAGUUCACAACACUCACAACCGUUCCUGGGGUCAUCAGAUAUAAGGGAGCAAAGAUACAGCUCUUAGAUUUACCAGGUAUCAUCGAAGGAGCUAAAGAUGGUAAAGGAAGAGGUCGACAGGUAAUAGCAGUUGCAAGAACUUGCAAGCUUAUAUUUAUCGUGCUGGAUGUUUUAAAACCGCUGGGAGAUAAGGCGAUCAUCCAAAAAGAGCUCGAAGGUUUUGGUAUCCGAUUAAAUAAAAUUCCGCCGAAUAUCACCUUUAGAAGAAAGGAGAAAGGUGGUAUUAAUCUGACCACUGUGGUACCUCAAAGUGAACUCGAUUUAAAUGCAGUGAAACAGAUUUUGGGCGAAUAUCGGAUCAGUAAUGCUGACAUAAUCCUAAAAGAGGACUCAACCAGUGACGAUUUGAUCGAUGUAAUUGAGGGAAACAGAGUUUACAUUCCAUGUAUAUACGUUCUCAACAAAAUAGAUCAGAUAUCAAUUGAAGAGCUGGACGUAAUCUACAAAAUCCCUCAUUGUGUGCCCCUGUCAGCUCAUCACAAAUGGAACUUCGACGAUUUACUCGAGAAAAUGUGGGAUUAUCUUCAACUUACCAGGAUUUACACGAAGCCUAAAGGUCAAUUACCUGAUUUCAACGCGCCAGUUGUACUCCAGGACGCUAACAAAACCAUGGAGGCAUUUUGUAACAAUUUACACAAGGGAAUAUUAAAAGAUCUAAAGUAUGCGCUUGUCUGGGGUAGCUCAGUGAAAUACCAGCCUCAGAGAGUCGGGAAAGAACACGAGUUAGCGGAUGAGGACAUCGUUCAGAUCAUCAAGAAACAUUAGCUGGGAUAAUUACUGGGAACAUUCUAAUUAGCUAAUUAAUUAACUUAUCGAUGAGUUGAAACACUAACUAAUUAACUUGUUGAGGAGUCGAAUUACCAUCAAAAGCUUUCAUUCGGGUCUUAGAUUUUUAAUUUAUUUAAGUUUAUCAAUUUUUAUUUGUAAGCUGUUUUUUAGUGAGCUGA